CAUACCUAGAACCUGAUCUUGUUUCCCUAAUCUUUCUCCCUCCGUGAAACUGAAACGGCUUCCGCUGAGUGAUCGCUUGUCACGAUCACUUCGUAAGUGCGGUGUUGUGAAACGGCAAGCCACAUAAACGAAAACGAUCGCGUGGCGGGGCCAAUUGCUAGUUGAUCGUAAUUCGCCAGGCUUAAUGCGUCUGGUUUGCAACGAUCUGUGACACAUAAAGUCAAUUCCCUGUGGUGUGUAUAGUGAGGGCAGUGUGGAGCAACUGGCCAACCAAGGAAUACCACCUCAAACGAAAAAGGAAUUACGUGUGCCGAGUGCUCCGCCGGUGAAACAGGACAACCGACCUCAGGAAGUCGCUUGACGUCGCGACCGGAAACACCCCAGCGAAAUCGUGUCCAGACGCCAUGCACUCGCUCGGUUCGAUUUUAAUGCAAAUUUGCGUGAUCGCCGCAUCGAUACAAAGCGGGCUGAGCAUCAAAUGUUACAACUGCGACUCGACCAGCAAUGAAGAAUGCAUGGACCUGAAAAGCAAUUCCGCCAUCACCGCUGAGAUCUGUACACCGAGCAAAAUGGCUUCGACCACCGGGAACUGGCUGGCGGACCUGACGCGUAUCGAGUACUUUGGCGGAGCGGAAAUCACCGUGCCCAUGGUGUGCCAGAAGAUUGUCGCCACGAACGAAAACGGUGACAUGAUGACGUUCCGUGGCUGCCAGCUGGACGGCGGCAAGACGGACCCGUGCCAGAUCGCGUACGGCAAGGCGAAACAGCAGCGCGGAAUCAACAUCGAGUUCUGUUCCACCUGCAAGGAAGACGGCUGCAAUGCGGCCCCCCGUACGGGGGGACGUGUCCCGCUGGGACUCCUCCUGCUCGGCAGCUUGAUGGCCCUCGCUGGCUCACUGGCUGCUUCCCGCAAGCAGCAGCUCCUGUAAAAGCCGCUCCCAGCGUAGAGUCGAAGACGGGUCGAUCGCGAUCGCGAUCGCAAUGCAAACAACCUCCUGUACAUACGAUUUAUUGGACAAAAUAAAUCAACUUGCAACGAUGCACACGUGGAAUCUGCAAACCGCAUUUCAGCUCCGUAGCCUCCGAUACUAAUAAUAAUCAAACAUUUCACUAUGAAGCGGCACAAAACACAUGCCAUCCCAUGUCUUAAUGUAGCAAACAAUGGAAGGGUAGGUGCGCCUGAGUCACGGCGUCACAGGGCGGCGGGCGAGCUUAAGUACGUUAAGUGACCCACGAUAAGCGGGACAUGAUUCACUUUUAUCUUCUAACCCAAUGGGGCAAACAACAACAACCGACCGGCCGGGUUGAUAGGUCACACCCGGCGCAUGAUGAAAUAGCACAAUAAGGUACCAGUAGCAGAAACUUCAGCAGAAAAGCACUUGCCAGAAAGUGGCGAAAGUCACCCGACGCCAGUUAGCUAACCGUUUAGGCAUCGGAACCGGCUGAGAAUUAAUUCGUAUGAAAAUUGAUAAAAAGAAAUCAAAUUCACGCAUAUGCCUUCAUUCGAUCGUAAACAACUUGUUGGGAAGCAUAAGUUAAGGCUAAGACGGAACUACAAUCGCCCCUCGGGCGAACGAAGGAAUGACGCGCUGAGCAUCACUUCGAUCGGAGAGGAUCAUGAGGAGGAUCUUCUUAGCACGUAGCACGGUUGCCGAUCGCAUCUACUAAUUCGAGAAAAAACGUAGGCAAAUAGUUACCACAAUCGUACGGCUUAGCCUCCAUUUUGGGAAAGAUAUCCCUUGCCAAAUGAUCACGUUGGCAAAAAGCACCGAGGUAGCCAGUAGCAGAGACAUUAGGAACACCAUACCGCACCGAUACCGCACUAGCGACACAAUCUCAAUUAUGCUUGUCAAUUCCUGUUUUAUACAACUCAUCCAUACGAUACCACUCUAAACACACCAGUCGCGUUUAGACGGCAAUUAUGAAACCGAACGUAGCGAAUGUUUCAACAUUCCA